AUGAGCGAGACGACAGCCGCUACACCCGAGGAGGCAACAACAACUGUAACUUCAACUGUAGCCGGAACAACCUCAACCACAACCACAGCCACUGCCAGCACUGCUAGCGCUUCCAGUGUUUCUGUCGCUGUGAAUGAGAGUUUAUGUGAUGCUGCAAAACUAGCGAUCCAAGCAAGUGUUGAUGCUGUGGAAGACUACUGUGAUCAACCUGACGCCCUAUUGGCUGCUUCCUUUCAGUCGUUUCAAGAUGCUGCACCAAGUGGCUGCACUUUGAUUGAUCCCUGCUCCAGUGUAGAGUCUACCACUGCGAAUUCUACCGAGUCUUCCGCUGGAGAAAUGAACUCGUUUUCCGCGCUUUUGCUUCUGCUUAUCUUUUUCUUUUUCAAAAACUAA